UCCCUCCUGGUCAGUAGAAGCCCGCCUGGGCUGGGACCUGGGGAUCUGGAGCAGGUUAAACUUGAGGCUCGGGAUAGAUAUUUGAAUGCCUCCCAAAUUGCGGUCCUAUCCCUCAGAGGCAGGGAGAGGAGCGGAGUGCGUGCGCGAGCGCUUACGUCGCCUCCGAGAGCUCUGUGCUGGGAUAAUCAGGAGUUGGGCUGAGCCGAGUCCCCUUUUAGCAGCAGCCGGCACAGGAGUGGCGGCAGCGGCCCCAGGGACGCGCGGGACCCAGCGGCUCGGGAGCGCACGGGGACAGCUGGUGCCGGCCGCGCCGUGCCACGGCUUGGGCGCACAAAGGUAAAGGCGGCCGCAGCCCUUGUGGCCUGCCUGGUCCCGGCGUUCCGGUCCUCUCCCUCCUUCCUUUCCCGAAGGCGAAAAUGGCUGGGCCGGGCGAGGACCUGGGACAGCAGUGGUCCUAGCUCAGCGGGUCCCCACCCUUCCUGCCGACAGAGGCGGCUGGCUGUCCUUGGAUGAGGUGGCCGAGGCUGCUCCCUGGCGAAUCCUCCUCAGCCGGGUCACAGCCACCGGCUCUCUGGGCUUGCUCCAUCCCUCUGAGAGGAGUUGAUGCUGGCAUCACCCCCGCCACCACCUCCGCGGAAGCCAGUGCUGAUGGAUGCUGGGGAGUGCCGCAUUGCUUAGUGUCCCCGCCUCCGGGUUUGCUGGCACAUCCUUCAGCAGGGACCGCAGCAGCAACACAGUGCCAGGGCUGAGAUGUGCCUGGGGUUUGUUUUCCUUGCAUCUUACAAGACAAGAGAAGAAGACAGAACCAAGAUCCGAAGCGCCCAUGCUAAGUGGAAUUAGGGUUUCUUUCUUUCUUUCUUUUCUUUUCUUUUUCUUCUUCUUUUAUUCGGAGAGAUAAAAGGCAAGAGGCAGGCUUUCAGGGCCUGCCCAGAGGCCCACUUCUAAUGGGAGGCAUUGUUUUUUAGGGGGGCUGGGGUUAGAAGUUUAGAUACUCUUCAGAAAAGCUGUGGAGGGGGGGGGAAGCAGGAGCAACAGGGUACUUGACUGAACACGAAGCGGAACCAUUUCCUGUACAGGAGAGGAAGCGGACAGCAGCUAGCAGGCCUGGGGGCCUGAGUGUGGUGUGGAGGCUGCAAGGGCCAGGUGUGUUGUUGGACACAAAAGGAGAGCUUCAGGGUGGACAGCUUGGGCACAAGGUAACAAUGACUCAUUUGCAAGCUGGUCUCUCUCCUGAGACCCUGGAGAAAGCCCGCCUGGAACUCAAUGAGAACCCAGACACUCUGCACCAGGACAUCCAGGAGGUGAGGGACAUGGUCAUCACCAGGCCAGACAUUGGCUUUCUGCGCACCGAUGACGCUUUCAUCUUACGCUUCUUGCGGGCCAGGAAGUUUCAUCAUUUCGAAGCUUUCCGCCUCUUGGCCCAAUACUUUGAGUAUCGGCAACAGAACCUGGAUAUGUUCAAAAGCUUCAAGGCUACUGACCCUGGCAUCAAGCAGGCCCUGAAGGAUGGCUUUCCGGGGGGCCUGGCCAAUCUGGACCACUACGGGAGGAAGAUUCUAGUCCUUUUUGCUGCCAACUGGGACCAGAGCAGGUACACACUGGUGGAUAUUUUGCGUGCCAUCUUACUUUCUUUAGAAGCCAUGAUUGAAGAUCCAGAGCUACAAGUAAAUGGAUUUGUUUUGAUCAUAGACUGGAGUAACUUUACCUUCAAGCAAGCUUCUAAGCUUACACCAAGCAUGCUUCGACUUGCCAUUGAAGGUCUUCAGGACAGCUUCCCCGCAAGAUUUGGAGGAAUUCAUUUCGUCAACCAACCUUGGUAUAUCCAUGCCCUGUACACUGUGAUCCGGCCUUUCUUGAAGGAGAAGACUCGGAAAAGGAUAUUUUUGCAUGGUAACAACCUGAACAGUCUACACCAACUAAUUCAUCCGGAGAUCCUGCCUUCUGAGUUUGGAGGAAUGUUGCCCCCAUAUGACAUGGGGACAUGGGCAAGAACCCUGCUAGACCAUGAGUAUGAUGAUGACAGUGAGUACAGUGUGGACUCCUACAGCAUGCCUGUGAAGGAAGUAGACAAGGAGCUCUCCCCUAAAUCCAUGAAGAGAUCACAAUCAGUAGUGGACCCCACAACACUAAAACGCAUGGAUAAAAGUGAAGAAGAAAACAUGCAGCCUUUACUUUCUCUGGACUAAGAACUUCUCCACCCCUACCCCACCGAUUAGAAACGGGAGGGAUUGGCUUUCAGCAACAGGACAGCACUGUGGCAUUUACCUGCUGGAAAACCUUAUCCAUGUUAAUGUAGCAUAAUGCAUAAGGCAUCUGGCUUUCACAUUUGCCUAAACCAUGGGUGCCCCCGGGCUAGAUUUUAAAAAGUCAAUAAUUUAUUCUGUAAGUGCCAAGUUCUUUGUAAAUACAAUGUAGUCUUCGCAUCAAGUUUGUAAAUUUUGGUAGUAAUUUAAUUUGGUAAAGAUUGACUCACAAGUUUGAGCCAGUGAUAUGGACUAUAAUAAUAAGCAUAAAGACACAUACACUAUGGAAUUUAAUUAAAUGUAUCCCUGUUUCCUAUGAAGCCAUAUUUCUGCUAUCAUAGUGAAUUGUUUCAUUGUCUUUCUCUGAAACACUGUCAAUAUUCAAACAUACUUGGGCACAGCAAGCAAUUAUUCCAGGAAAUUGCUAUGAUUAAUGUUUUCCUGUUUAGUGGUUUUUAUUUCAGAGGAACUAUCCUAGACCCAUCGUUGACUGCAUUCUGAAGAAAAAUAGUAUAUGAUAAGCUGGUGAACAAAAAUCUUGAGCUUUUCUCUGUUUUUCAUUCAUGGAGUCUUGCAAGACAAUGUAUUUCCCCACUCAAGAUGUGGAAUUCUGGAAAAAGAAUGGAUAUUUGUCUAAACUGUUGUCUUUACAAUGUUCCGUUUGGUUAAGGUCCCAUUGUAAUCCUUGUCUGAUGUACUUUAGAACAUUUUCAUCCAAAAUUUGUUGACCAAGAAAAUGAGAAUUAGUUCCUGAAUAAUUUUGACACCAAUUUUGAACAUAAAAUUUAUUACUUACAAAUAGGGGCCUAAUUUCACAUCAUUGUGCACUUGUUGAAAAAAUAUAUUCACACACAACAUACAUAUUGUUAUUGCAUUCUAAUAAAUUCUCAAUAUGACAGGCUUUGAGAUGUCAUGAAAAAUGACUUUCAGUGAAGUCAAUAAAAAUGAGAACAUGAGACAGACUUCAGGGUACCUAUUCAAGGGAUUUCAAUAUACCAUAAAAUGAAAUCAUGAAUAUGUGGCACCUUAAUGAAUGUGUUUUUUCCAUUUUAAAAAAACAACAAUGCUCAACUGAAUCACCAAUGGGU